CAAAAUGACCGACUGAUUGGAAGUUGGAAGGAAGAAAAGCAGUGUGAAAAAUUCAUAAUUUAGAUAAUUUAAGCUUUUAUUAAUCAAAAAUGAAUUCACUCAUGAAUUAUGGUAAUGGUAGUGAUGAUGAUCUGGAUGAUGUUGCCGAUGAAGCCUCUGUGUUCGAUCAUCACCCACAAUUAUUGACAGGAUCCCUACGGUGGCAGCGCCAGAAACUUCAGGAAGCCCACAAGUGCCCAGCAAACCGAUGACACCAACUAUGACGAAGUCCAGAUGAGCUGCAGCGAGAACUUGUAACCUGAGCCUCAACAAAGAAAAGUCAAAAGUGGUCAACAACAUCAACAGUUCGAUGAUUUGGUAAAUCCAGCAAUAGGUAAGAGAGUCUUUUUCCUCCAGGACUCUGAUGCUGAAAUGAGAUCGUCGUCCAAGUAUAGAGACCGAGAUAGGGACGAUAAACGCUCCAGUCCCAGAGGAAGCAGAGACUCGAGAGAUAAAGAUAGGAGAGAUGAUAGGUCAGAAAGGGAUAGAUACAGCGGAAGAGAUAGGAACGACGAUCGAUCCAGCAGGUACAGAGAUGACGAUAGAUCGAGAUAUCGUGAUGACAAAGAUGAUGAUAGAUCGAGACAUCGUGAUGACAAAGAUGAUGAUAAAUCGAGACAUCGCGAUGACAAAGAUGUUGAUAGAUCGAGACAUCGCGAUGACAAAGAUGAUGAUAAAUCGAGACAUCGUGAUGACAAAGACGACGAUAGAUCGAGACAUCGUGAUGACAAGGAUGAUAGAAGAAGUAAAGAUGACGAUAGAGGGAGAGAUAGAUCUAGAAGUCGAGAUGAUGACAGAUCGAGAGAUAGGAGGGAUGAUCGAAGAGAUAGACAUAGUCGAGAUGAUAGAUACAGAUCAGACAGAGAUAGAAGAAGAAGCAGGUCUAGAGAUAGAGAUAGAAGGCGUAGCAGAUCUCCGAGACGUUCAAGAUCGAGAGAGAGACCUGGCAGAGGAGGUUUCCAAAGGAGAUUUGAUAGAGGAGGCAGAAUAAACAAACCAGGAUUUGAUCCGAAAACCGCUACUCAAACUCCUCAAGAAGGCGACAGUACCCAAAACAAAGAUAGAUUUUUCAUGCCUGGUAUUACCGGGCGUUUUAGAGACCAGAUCGAAAAACGUAAAAUGUUAUGGCAAAAGAAAGAUCCGGAACCAGAACAGGCUGGACCCGCAGUGCCUAUCCACAAUCCAAAGCUCCAAGCGAACGCCCCAAGGUCUACUAAGUUGUGGGAGGCGACCACUUUUGCACAGGACACAGACGGUAAAGUAGCCAAUAAAUUUAAGAGAUUGAUGGGCAUAAAAACGCCAAGCGAAGGCAGCAAUUCCACGACGGAGGUCCUCAAGAAACAAGACGAGAUGUUUAACGCUAUGGAGCAACAAUACGAGGUAGCGCGAACCACCACGCAUACGAUGAGAGGCGUAGGAUUAGGAUUUAGCAGUUAUAACCGAUAACUUUGCCUUUAGUGUAAGACGAACAACCAUUUUGCUAUAAUUUAGGGAAAGAACAUUUUUUUAUCUAAAUUAUUUGCUGAGUAAUUAUUAAAAGGUUCGGUACAAAAAUAGUGUGCAACUCAAAACAGUGUACAGUCUUAACUAAAAGAAGUUUUUCAAUAAAAAUAAUGUAAUUUAUUACCAAAUGCUUGUUCAAAUUUGCCGCGAAAAUGCCAUGUAGUAUGGAGCAAAGUGGAAACCGCACAAAAAGUUGUUAGAAGAUUCGUGUCUCGAUUUUUUUUUAAAUGCAUCAAUUGGGUGUAAAAUGAAUUAGACGCCCAAUUUCUUCUCUUCUUCUACUUUUUGUGUAGUCAUGGCUGUCUGUUUUUUCAAUGUGCCUCACUAAGUUGUUGUUCCAUCGAUUUUUUGGUCUUCCCACUGAUCAUCUUCUCAUUGGGGAAUUGCCUCUCGCUGUCCUUACUACUCUGUUGUUAUUCGGCCUGUGUAGUCAUUCCAUUCUACUCUUGUGUUUCUUACCCAGUUAUUAAUUUUCUCCACCUUGGAUCUCCGUCGUAUAUCUGUACGUCUCUGCCCCAUAGCGACUUACCAUCGAUUUUUCGAAGGAUUUUUAUCUCUGUUGUUUCUAGCAUUCUUUUUGAUUUUGUCCUCUGUGUGUCAGGGCUUUCUGCCUUUCAUUUCUUUUCUGAUAUUUUUAUUUCUCCAUACUGUUUCAUUCAGGCAACUUGCGGCUCUGUUUCGACUUUCCGUAGCUAGAUAUUGUGAGGCCUAGAUAUUUAAACUUCGUCACUUGUUCUAGUAUUUGACCCUCCAGCUUUAAUUUAAAUUUUAGUAAAUUUUCUGACCUCCAGUGCCCCUUUAAACAGAAACUUGAAGUAAAGAUUAAAUAGCAGGGGUGACAGAACACAUCCUUGUCUAACUCCCUUCUAACUUUGGCGUUUUGGUUCCAGUACAAGUUUUUAAGUAGUUUGGUGUCAUUCCCAUCUAAACCGUGCACACAUUCUAAUAGUAGGUCGUGCCUUACGCUGUCAAAUGCUUUUUCAAAGUUUGUGAAGCAUAUAAAAUAUAUAUUUUUGUUGGUCGUAGCAUUUUUGGACUAGAACUAAUAAAUUAAAGAUGGCUCUCUCGUUCCCAUGCCGGCUCUGAAUCCAAACCGAUCGCAGUCAUUCACUUUCUCUUUAAAAAAUAUGUUUAACCAUACAUAUAAAAAACUUGAAUGUCUCCAAAUUGUAGCAAAAUGGUUAAGGAAACUUUGUACAUUAUUGUGUAUUUUGAUCCAUUUAGUGGAGUAAAGGGGGUGAUUUUACAUUUUACUUUAAAAAUAUAGAAUAUCAAAAAUUGAUUGUGUUUGGAUGUAUAGUAAAAGUAAAAAAAAAUACCGGUGCGCGUCACAGUAGGAUGACUUCGAAAUUUAGAUAUUUUCAGAAAAUAUUAACUGUGGACAGUCACCAUAUUUAUGUCAUUUCAUAUUUCUGGGAGUUGUUAACGUUUUUCAAUUAUUGUAUGAAAUAGUUUAAAACAAGAUCUAUUCGCUGGGAGGGUUACAAACGCUAAUAUUAUUAAUUAAAUUACAUGAUUAUUAUGAAAAAAUAUGAAAUUAAAAAAAAUUGUUAAUUUUCUGCAAAUUGGAGGUAUAAAAUUAUUUAUCAUAAGAACCACUGGCUUAAAGCGCUGCUAAGUCUAAAGGAAAUUAAACAAUGGAAAAGCUGUUAAAAAUGUUUCCUUUGGCUUACGAUUUUUUUUGAAUGAAUUCAUCAUCAUCAUAAGUGGCUCGACAAUCCGUUGUGGAUCUUGGCCUGCUCACAAAGAAGCCGCCACUUCUGUCGAUUCCUGGCAACUUCCCUCCAUCUUCUGACCCCUAGAAUCUUUUGGUCUUCUUCCACAUCAUCAAUCCAUCUUCUUCGUGGUUUCCUCUACUUCUUGUGCCCUCUGAUUUUGAAAAUGUUAAUCUCCUCGUGCAUUAGGCCCCGUUCUCAUGACAGGCGCUUAUUGCGCGUUUUGAUAACACGCGAUUACAACUACAUACAUUUUACUUGAGAUCGCGCGUUAAGCGCCUUAAAUCGAGCGUUAAGCGCCUGUCAUGAGAACGGGCCCUAAUCUCCUCCUGAUCUGACAUCCUAGCAAUGUGUCCAGCCCAUCUAAGUCUCUGCUCUUUAACGAAUUUCACAAUAUCUGGAUCGUUGUAUAACUGAUAUAGUUCAAAGUUGUAUCUUCGACGCCAUAGCCCAUUUUCAUUUAGGCCCCAAAAAUCUUUCUAUCGUAAGAAUUUUUUUGUAAAAAAGACCAAGAACUCUUUCAUUAUUUUGAAAUAAGAUCUACGUUACAGCCCCAUAUAUCAAAACCGGUCUUAUUAAGGUCUUGUAUACUGGGUGUCCCCGAAAAUAGUGCGUUCCUUUAAGGUAUGGAUAUAAUACACAAUUUAGAAUAAAAAGUCCUAUAACAUUUUUUUCUUUUUUUUUUUUAAUUAAGUUAACCGUUUCCAAGAAAAAAAUUACAUUGUUCUCCAUAUAAGUGAAUUUUUAUUUUCAUAAAUUUGAAUGACAUGGCAACGUAGCCUAGAAGAACUUGCUGUGACUGUGGAAAUUUAACCUAAUAACCCCUUGUUUAUUUACUUGAGGUGUGGUUUUUGGGGUUGUUGACAUCGUAGGUACCUACCUGCAAAAUAAUGGAUAUGGGUUUGGUUGAUAUUUACAUUAUUUUACCUACCAGAUGCAACUGACCUACAAACCUACUUUGUUAAUCUUUAGAUUUUUGAGUUACGCGUUGUUGCCAGACUUCAAUUUGCAUAUCAAAAUGAAUUUUCGUUUUUUGGUCAAACGGAUAAAUUUAGAAAAAAAUGUUAUGAGUUUUUUGCUCUACAUUGUGCCUUCUACCUAUACCUUUAAGGAAAGCACUAUUUUCUGGGACACCCUGUAUAUUGAGCUUUACUGCAGGUUUUAUAUUUUAAUUUUUUUUUAAAUGUUUCUGGAGACUGUAACUAGUUGUGUUUGCUAUGCGUCUUUUUAUUUCGUAGCUUGUUGUGUUUACUAGCGAUCCAAGAUGUUUGACUUCUUUGACUUACUCAAAGGUAUGGUUGUUGACUUUAAUUCUCUGUUGGAUGUUUCGUAAGUUUUUAGAAACCAACAUAUAUAUGGUUUUUUCCUCGUUUACCACAAGUCCUAAUUCACUCGCUGCGUCCGCAAGCCGUGUAAAACACUGCACCAGGUCUUUUUUGAAUGAAUUGCUGCUUAUAAUAAAAUAUGCAAUUACUCAAAAAGGACUUACGGUUACAGUAAACAAUUUUCAACAGCAUUUCUAAGGCAAAUGUUCAGAUCUUCCCACACUUAUGAAAAUGAAGUAUAAACGUUAAAUAUAAAUCUUUAACAGUUUAAAAAUACCACAAUUACCGGUUUUUAAAUCUUAUAGUGAUUAAUAUGGUUAUUAAUUUCUUUUUAUUAAUGGAGGUAAUUAUUUUGUAUAAAUGGUUGAUUAAACAUGUAUAAAACGUUAUCGUGUAUCCUUUUUUUAUUUACAAGAGUUUCCUAUUUAAAAAAUGUAAGGAUUGAUAUUAUUUUAUUUAUUUUGCACUUUCUUGAAUUAUCUUUUUGUACUUUACUCCACUAUAUAGUACCUAUAUAGGCUGUUUAAUAUACAUUUUGGUAUGUUAGCUUAAAUAUAUAGCUAUUGUGAUUUAAAAUAAAACUAAAAGAAAUCGUGUA